AGGCUCAGCUGGUCUCCCUCUCUUUUCCACUACAUGAGCAUUCUCUCUCUAUCUCUCUCGUAAUUGCAGCAGACUAAAAAAAUGAGAGGGGCUAUCUUCUUGUUGUCGGUGCUACUGUUUGCCACUUCCCAGUUCUCCUUAUCCAUUAGAGAUGGAUUAGUUGAAAAUGGCAACUUCGAGCUCGGCCCAAAUCCCUCGGACAUGAAUGGCACCCAUGUGAUGGUUCCGACCGCCAUACCAGAAUGGACAAUUUCUGGGUUCGUAGAGUACAUAAAAUCAGGCCAAAAGCAAGGGGACAUGUUGCUGGUGGUGCCAGAAGGAGCCUAUGCAGUUAGGCUUGGAAACGAAGCAUCAAUCAAACAGAGUCUAAAAGUUAUAAAAGGCAUGUACUAUUCAAUCACGUUUAGUGCUGCAAGAACUUGUGCACAAGAAGAGAAAUUGAACGUCUCUGUGUCUCCUGAUUGGGGAGUUCUGCCAAUGCAAACUAUGUAUAGCAGCAAUGGCUGGGACUCCUAUGCUUGGGCCUUUCAAGCUGAGUUCCCUGUGGUUGAUCUUGUCAUACAUAAUCCUGGAGUUGAAGAAGAUCCUGCUUGUGGUCCUCUUAUUGAUUCAGUCGCCAUUCGAGCUCUGUAUCCUCCCAGACCAACCAAUAAGAACAUACUUAAAAAUGGAGGUUUUGAAGAAGGUCCAUAUGUGUUUCCCAACACAUCAUGGGGUGUGUUAAUUCCACCAAACAUAGAAGACGAUCACUCUCCUCUACCGGCGUGGAUGGUGGAGUCUCUCAAAGCAGUGAAAUACAUUGAUUCCGAUCAUUUUACUGUCCCACAGGGGAGACGAGCAGUAGAACUUGUAGCUGGGAAAGAAAGCGCCAUUGCCCAAAUAGCAAGAACCAUCAUUGGCAAAACAUAUACACUCUCUUUCGCAGUUGGUGAUGCGAGCAACUCCUGUGAAGGUUCCAUGGUGGUGGAGGCUUUCGCCGGGAGGGACACACUGAAAGUGCCUUAUGAAUCAAAGGGCAAAGGUGGAUUCAAGCGUGCAGUGCUUAGAUUUGUUGCUGUUUCUAACAGAACAAGGAUUAUGUUUUACAGCACAUUUUACACCAUGAGAAGUGAUGAUUUCUCAUCUCUUUGUGGACCUGUUAUUGACGAUGUGAAGCUGUUGAGCGUUCGCAAUCCAGGAAGAAAAAUGAUGUAAUGAAGAAAUUAGCAAGUGUUUUUGUUAUGUAAAGAGAAGAGAAGCCAGCAGCAAUGGGUGUGGGUUUUAUGUGUGAGUUUUUAGCAAAUAUAUAAUAUUUUAAAAGAAAUAAUAAUAGUUUAUUCUAUAGAUUGGGAGUUUACUAAGAGGUUAAUGUAUUUUAUUAGUAGUGUAAGACAUAAGUUCUGUUUAUCGGUUUUAGAGUUGUUUUCCUACGACGAGAUUUCAAAUUUAAAUCUCAAUAAAAGUGAAAUGUACUACAA